CGUGACAUCAACACCCUAGCCAUGAGGUUCAAGGAAUAGAGCUGUUAAGUUUGUGGGUUUUAACAGUGUAAAUAAACCAAAAAUGUCGUUUGGUGAGCUUAUAACAAGUCUGCAGAAGUGUGCUAUUACUGAUGAACAAGUACAAGAAAAUGUCAAGCAAGAUCUGAAUCUGUUUUAUGAGAGACUUUUGGAGUCUUCCAGGAGCACCGUGAAGAGGAUAAAGGAGCGAUGUUUGGAGGAGGCUGUCCAGCUACUUAAGCGCAUUUCAAAGACUCGUGUACUUUUUAGUUUAGACGAGAGCCAUUUGCUGCUCAUGAUCCAAAUCCUUAUUUCUCUCCAGUUAGAGACAGUUGGCAUAUCUACAGCAUGUAGGAAAAUAGACCAGAUGUUACAAGAACUGGCUGGUGUUAAUCAACAACUGGUUUAUAGUGAAAUCAAAAAAUGCUUGCAGGCAAUUGUUCAUAAAGAGCAGUUACUAUCAUUGGAUGACCUGCAAAGAGCAUGUAUGUUCCUGGAGCACAGUGCUAUUGGCCGGGAGGUGUGGAAAAAGCUUUGUCUGCCCCUAAUGCUAAAAGUUGCUCAACUUUUUACAUUUGUGCUUGAAGAAGAAUUUUUAAGAGAUGGACCACUCUGUUACUCUGCUGUAAAGCUUUGUUUGCAGAUAUUUCAGCUAUUGCCAAAUCAACUGUCGUCUGUGGUGUGGACAGAGAUGGAAGGCAGCCAAGUACAAAACAUUCUACAAGCUCUUAUAGACAUCAUAUACGGACCGUGCUGCAACAGAGACACCUGUUUACUGGCAGGUACUGCAGUAGCCAUGCUGCUCAAUUCCUCACAUAGCCAGGCAGCAGGACAUGCUGCAUCGAGGCUACUUCAGAUCUCAAAUCAAGAGUCUGGGGUUGUAACAGUCAGUGGUCUCCAGGUGAACUGCAGAUCUAUCAGUAAGAAAGAGAUAGCUCUUCUGGCUGUUAGCAGAGGAGUCUUGACCUGCUGUCAGCCUCAUGUCCUACUUAGCACAAAUGCUGAUAAUACAGAAGUGUGUUUACUGCUGAAUGGCUUAUUUUCUGUUAUAAUCAGUUUGUGUGAGGAGAAACUGGACUGUCAUUAUUUUGCCUUUGAAGUGUUAACUCUUUGGCUGAAGAAAGUGAAGGAAAACUUGGCUGAAAUUAGAGCGAUAACAGGGGAUCGCCUUUUGUCUGACAGCAGCAGUCUCAAACAGCAACUUGUUCAUAUAAUUUUGAGCAAUGCUGACAGCCCUGUAGAUGGAGUGUCCGAAUCUGCCCGUAGUGCCUUUUCUUUACUGCUGGACCUCUAUCAGCUGGAUUGUGAGAUGUGUGAUGAUGCUGAAAGGACUCUUUAUUCUUCAUUACUUCAUCGGAUAACCAACUUGCCUUGGGAAAAUAAAGCCAAAUACUACCAGUUAUGCGCACUUCUCCCAUUUUUGGGUUCUGACAAGAUAUUGAGUCAUUACCCUGAGCUACCAAAUCAUAUACUGAAGUGUUUAAGCACGCAUCACCUCUCUUCAUGCGGAUCAGAGCUUUAUAAAUGUUUGAUACAGCAGCAAAGACAGGAGCCUUCCUGCCAAAAUGAACAAAGUCAUGUGGAUCAGUGGGCAAUGGGCUGGAAGUGUGUCCUUAUUGAAGCACUUACAUCUGAGGUGGCAUUUUUACAAAACAACUGCUAUAUUCAUCUAUUACCGAUUACAUUUCGUGUGUUUCCUUCUGCUGUGGAGCCACUUUUAAGUUCUCUGAACCCAAGCUCCCCUGGUCAUCUGUAUGCUUGGGCCUGUGUUUUGAGUUCAUAUCGGGCAACAACUGGACAAUCUCCAUGGACUUUGCAGGGAGGCACCACUCUCAAGAUCCUCCAUCUGGCCUUAGAGUCUGCAGAUGACAAAGUGCGUCUUGCUGCUUUCAAUCUCCUCUGCUGCAGCCCAAAAACUAAAGACUUUCCAACACAGGAGGAGCUGGAAUUGAUCAAGAGCUUUAUUCCUCAAAAUCUUAAUUGUGAGUCUUCAUCUUUUCGCCAACAUUUUCAGAAUGGAGUGAGGCAAUUCUUGGUCCGUAUCAGAGACUGUUGCUUGUUCUUUGUCAAAAUUCAAAAUGGCAAAAAGAAACAAGAUGCUUCCAAUAAAGAAGAGGUCAAAAACUUACUGGAUCAGGGAACAGAGUUUGUUGAUUGGUUGGGAGAGCUUCCAUACUGCUAUCUGGCAGCAGGUCAUAGCUACCAAAGGAAAAAGACCUCUUUACUGGUGCUCACUACAGUGCUAGAAACAUGUACUGCUACAUGGAGCCCAGACAAAAAAAAAGGACAGCCACCAGAGACCAUGGAUUGUCUCAUUAAAUACGCAAAACAAAAGGAACAAUGGAAUUUCUUCUGCCGUGCAAAACUACUUGUCCUCCUCAGCUGUUUGGGGGAUUCAACAAAUGAGAUCCGAGAGCUCUCUGCAAAUUUAUUGUUGAGGUUUUUUCCAUCCAGUUUUCCAAAAGACAUUUCCACUGCUCUAUUCACACAAACAAAACAGCUCCUCUGCAGUCCUCGAGUGCAGGAGGCACAAAUGGCAGCACUGAUGAUUAAGGUGCUCCAUUUAAUAUGUGGUUCAAACAUGCAAGAAUUUGAUUUAGUGAGAUUUCUGUUUAAUGAAUUGGAGAAACAUUAUUGUACAGUGAAGAGUGACAUGAUGCUUGCUGUCAGGACUAACCCUAUUCAUGGAAUCCUGAGUGCUCUUCAGAGGUGCUUGUUCGACUCACCUAGCAACAUGCAAGAUAAACUUGACAGGAGCCUGAUCCUGUUUGCACUAGAACUUUUGGAAAACAUCUCUCUGCUUCUUCUUGGUGUGUUGUAUGGAGAUCAGGAGGGCACUUCCAAUGGUCAAGAUGCACCUCCUUCUUUUUGUGACAUGGGGAAUGCAAUCACAAGUUUAAUUGACCAGUCCUCAGGAGGGGGACACAGUGAGACGGAAGAGUGUGUUCUCUUAUCAGAGAAACACAGCCUUGUUCUCACCUGCUGCUGGGUCUCUCUCAAGGAAACUGGAAUAUUUUUGGGUUCUUUGGUAGACCAUGUCUUUAGCCGGUGUCAGGUUUCCAACCACCUCCUCACCAAAACAGAUCUAAAACGAGUUUCAAGGGUCUUUUGGAAUAUUCUGCUUAAAUGUCGUCAGUGGGGGGCAGUAGAGGGUUGUUGUAUUGGCUUCACUAAGUUUUGUGCUUGUCUGCUGAGAAGUAAUGAUCCAGAACUAAAGGAAAUCCCUGCAGACAUGUUAAAACAAGUCCUGCAGGUCAUAGCGUCCCCCAGAUCCACCUCAGUGACCCGGCGUGCAGCAGGUCUGCCCAUGCUUAUUCUGUGUGUGCUUUCAGCAGAGGUGGCCAGCAAAGGGCGACCUCUUUUAGCCCAUAGUGUAGAGUUUUUACUGGAAACAGCCAAAGCUCCUCUUCCAGAGCGAUGGGACCAGACUCUGGACCUCUCACAGGUAUGUGCGGUUCACACGUUGCAAGCCCUGGUUCGUGGCACGGCUCUGGGGUCUGCAGUCCUUCAGUUUGCUCCAACUGUCACCAUUCUAUCACUGACCCUACUCAGUUCUUCCUGCUGGGCUAUGAGGAAUGCUGCUCUCCAGCUCUACAGUUCACUUUGCUCUCGAAUGCUUGGCCAUUGUCCCAGCAAUGAGGAUGACAAGAGUGCUCAAAAUGGGAUGUCCUCCACUGCUUUCUUUUGUCACUAUAGUGCACUGCAGCCAUUUCUCUCAGCAGAGCUGAGAGAAGCAGCAGAUGUUUUGCAGAGGCAGUCAAAUGAAGCUCGGCUUCAUCUCAAGCCUUCACUGUUUCCUAUUCUCACCCUGUUAGCACAGCUCCAUCCUGGCGUCCAAGAUUCAGUACAAUCUUUAACAGACUUUGUACCCCCUUUACUUCAACUUUCUGCCAGUCCUAUUUACAAUGUGAGAGUAAUGGCAUCAAGGGCUUUGGUAGCAAUAACACCCCCAUCUGAAAAUAUUAAGAUCCUUCUCACACUUGUGGGACAACUCCCAGGUUUUCAACAGAGAUAUUCUCACAACUGGCUGCAUGGGCACCUCCUGCAGAUCAAAGCCCUGUUUCAGAGGGCUGUUGGUGCACAAAGCCCUGUACCUGGCCUGCAUGAGGUAGUAAACAAAGUGGAGGCAUCACUUUGGUUGGCAACUGAAGCUCAGCAUUGCCCCCUAGUGAAAAUGGCAUAUGUUGAAGUAAUAGAAGCCAUAACACAAUUUUGUUCAGAACAUUUCCUUUCACAGCUUCAUAAAAUACUGACUGAUGAUCUCCAAAAGGCUCAACUAGAGUUCCAGAUUGGUCUCUCAUCCUUCCAUCAAACAUCCAUCAGUUUUCUAUGCACUAACCCCCUGUGGGCAUCUCACAUUUGGGAAAAGUUUAGUAUUUUGAGGCUUGAUGUCAGACUGGUUCUGGUGAAGUGGGCAGUGGAUAGGUGCAGUUUACAUCCAGUUAAAGAGCUGAUCCAUGAGGUGUUACAGGCAAACCUCCAGGAUGCAUUAUUGAGCCAAUCUGUGGAAUAUCGCCAUUUAUACCUUAAAGCGCUUGUAACACUAGCAACUUUUGGGGAGAGUCUUCUGCCUCAGUUACCUCUAAAAACCUCACUGAAAGAGCCUGUUUUGGUUGAAUGUGUAGAGCUGUUACUUGAGGAUCUGGAGGCACAAAGAGGUGGUCCAGAGUUCCUGUCUGAUGCCCUGGGGGCAGUUAGUUUACUUUUAUGUUACUGUUCCAGCUUCUCCAUUAUUGAGCGGUGGUGUAAAGUGUUGGAGGACUACUGUUUACCACAUGCAUCUGAAGGGCUCAGAAUGGCCUGCGUGGAGGCUUUGAUUUUGGCUGGAGUAUCUCUUCUGAAUCACAGGCCAAACCAAGAAAAACCCACCAUAAUGGUCAGGUUGGUCAAUAUAAGCCUUCACUUACUUCAGGACCAAAGUGUGCAGAUCAGAGUGAAAGCAGCAUAUUUCGCCUCCAUGCUAAAGCACACCUAUGGAACUUCUUGUGGAAGCAUCUUUGUCAUGCAGGUGAAUAAGGCCCUCCCCUUUCUCCUCGAUAAGCUCACAGAGCAGUGUUGGGACUCUGGUGCUUUUGGCAUCCUCUUAUCUCACCUGCCGCAGACUGACCUCAGAUCUGUUCAGACAAAUGCCACGCAAAAUAGGUGUGUCGCAUUGUAUGAGCAAGACGAGGCCAAUGUGUUUGCAGAGCCGUCAGUGAUGUGCGCUCAGGUGCUGCCUUAUUUGCUGCAGAUGGCUGAAAAAUGCAGUCAGUCCCCCUCUUUGGGAAUACAGUUAAACACUUGGGCAAAGGAGACGGUCCCCCAUGUGCUAGAAGACCUCCAAAUUUGCAAAGAACUCUUGACAGGUGAUAUGCAGACAUGGUUGACCGUCCUCAUAGACGCUCACUUUCACAGUGCACUCUGCGGUAUGUUGACCCGGGCUGCACUCCUCAUGCGACUCAUGAAAUUAUCUAAAGAUCUCCCAGUCCUCUGUGAGCUCUCCACUCUGCAGCAGGCUGUACACGCUUUCUACUGUGAGUUUAGGGAAAAUGGUGUCCACUUUCCCCCCUCUCUCACAACUGCUGUUGUGGGAGAGCCUUCAAAGUGAUGCAACUCCCAGCGUGAACGCCAUGGUACACUGGAGGCACCAGAUAAAAUUGCAUGGGGAUAUUUUAAGAUGCACAUGGUAACUACAUGCAGAGGCCCAAGACAUGAAAGAGCUGCAUCUGCUGAUUUGGGAGUACUUGGACACUUCCCUGGUUACGUAAGAAGUCAGUAGCUAGAGCUGCUUUGAAGUAAGCUUUUGAAGAAAAGGCAAACACACAAAUAAGACCUUGGGCUACCUUGUACUUUUAAAACAUGAAGUUCUUUUUUAAAAAGGUUGGAAUCAGACAAAUCUACCAUAAUGUGGUGACGUAAUGCAACAGCUUCUUGGAAAAUUGGCCGCUGAGUGCCCAGUGAGGAAAUAUCAUGUGUGCUUUAAUGCUCCAUUAGAGGCCUUCUGCCUGGAUAAGUGUCCAUUUUCCACAGCCACACAGAGCCAAAGAUAAUUGUCUGAAUGUGAUAAAGAGCUGGUGAAUUUUUAUUUUCUUAUAUUUGAAUCACAAGCCAAUGAUUAGUCUGACCCCAUUACAUCUUUGUAGCUAUACACUUUUUAGAAAAAAGUUAUGAAGAGAGUGGAAACUUUCUUGCAGCCUCAAAUCCUUGACCAUCAUUGUUUGACAUUAAUUGAAUAUGAACACAAUAGCUGUAAAUGUUAUUUGAAGUACAUUUGUGAGAGUAUCAGAUGAUGCUUACUCUGGUCCAGUUACACCAACGCUGAGUCUGUGUACACCUUGAUUGCACAUGAGUCAUAGUCUAUUGUAGCAGAUGAAUGUUGUGUGUGCCAGACAAUGAGAAAAAAAUAUCCAGUUUAAAAUCUGACUAAAUGUAAAUAGGAGUUUGCACUUUACUCUAUUUCAAAACCAAAGCUCCUAUGCGACCCCUGGAGUUUAGUGUACAACCCUUGACCAUAGUGGCAUAUUCUGCAAUCUCAAAAUAAAGCGAGUGAAAUUUAAAGAUUAUUAAAACUGUGUACGGUGCAAGUUGUGCAAGUUUCAGUAAUGGUGCAUCAAUGAAGCUUAAUCUGGGAACAAUGAAAAUAUUUUCUCAAUGUCAUUCAUUUUAAUGCAUUUUAUAAAAUCUGUUUGCGUAUAAAUUGUUUGUACAUUUAAAAGAAACCUUUCUAAAAAUGACCUCACCUGGUAAAACCAACGUAAAUGUGUCCAUAAUCCUCCAUGCAUAGGAUUAAUAUACAGAGGGCCAGAUAUUAUAGCUGUUUUAGCACAAACACACUCUUGAGCUAAUAAAAACCCUUGUAUUUCCA